AGUGCUGGUAUUUCCGACAGCAGUGAAGGCAGCAUUACGCCGGGCUGCGUGAGGCGUGUUGGCCGGGACAAGGACACUCAGCGGCGGAAUGACAUUUGUGUAAGUCAGCUAUGUGACGAUAACCAGCUCGUUACCAGCCUUAACCCACCCGUGACCACCGCACACACCCGGACCCGGAGAGGCACAGCGUCCACACCAACUGCAGCCGGGUUUUAUAUGUAAAAGGUUGGAGGUAGAGAGCCUGCUGCCGUAGCUGGGAGUCGUCCAGAGUCAGAGUCUGCGUGUCUUUGCCGUGUCGUGCGUGCUGUGGGGCUGAGCUGGUGACUGGGGUUGCCCCUGCCCCUGUGGUGAAUGGCUGUGAGCAGAGGGGGCGUGGCCUUCUGGGUGGGUUGUGUCCGCAGCCAUGGCAGAAGGCAAGCCAUCAGAAGACAGAGCUGGAGUCUCAGUCAGGCAACCGACUGUCAGUGGCUCCGUCAGACACGCCCCCUGAGCAGUGCAUCAUGGGCUCUGGUGCCCCCCAACAGCCUGAGGUAUCAGAACAUUAAGCAGCCGGCGCUGUCCCACCCGUUCCACCAUGCCAGCCAGCCUCAGACUGGAGCGUACUAUGAGGAAGACUGGGAGGAGUCUCUGAGCGUGUGCGUGCUGGUGCGACAGGGUGAGUCAGACGCCCUCCACACCCUGCUGGAGAUCCCUCUGUUUAGUCGCAGUAAAGUAGGAGAGCUCCUCGCUCUGGGGCCUCACAGGUCCUCCGAGUUCUCCUUCCCGCUGACCACGGUGGACGGCAGCAGAGAGGAUGACAUCAGCGUCGACAGCUUCAAGAGAAACAGCGUUGAUGCUGUAAAGAGAGAACACGGCUGCUUCAGGAGCCUGUUUGAAGCUGAGAGGUGUCCGGCGCCGUUCAUGUAUGGCUCUCAGUUCUAUUGUUUUCAUUGCCCAGGCACGGAGCCGCUGCCCGGCAGCAGGCCUGAGUCUGGGCAGGAUUUUGGACUUGACAGUAAGCCUGUGGAGCCGCCGCCGCCGCCCUCCACCUCUCUGUGUAGCCAUUUAGAGAGAGCAGAGGGGGAGCACGCUGACGGAGACAGUGAAGGAGAGGAGAAACUGGCCGUGAUGUAUGAACGACUGAGGAUAGAGCUUCCAAGUUUCUUCAUGAAGAACCACGACUACAGCAUGUACUCUUUGGAUAUGGAAUUCAUCAACGGCCUCUUAAACACAAAGACCAGAGGCCGCACGGUGUACCAGCUGACCCUCUCCCUGUGGCGCCUCCUGUGUCUAUGUUACUACGCCCGGGCUCAGCUGGAGGUGCUGAAGCUCACCAAGCACAUGGAGGACGGGACCAUCAAGGCUCGCUGGAGGAUCAGGGGCCUUCCCUUCUACUCUCUGCUGCUGCGCUUCUAUCGCAAAGACAAAUCUCAGCUGUACAGGUCAUAUGAUGCAUUCUCUACCUUUUACAUCGGGCAGGAUGGACUCAUUCACUGUCAUAAAGUUGAGAAGGUGAUGCCGGUUCAGCCCCCUGUCCUACCCAGAGUGACUUCUCUCCUGGCGGGCGCUCUGGUGGCGCUCGGGGUGCAGGAGCACCGACCGGCUCUCAACCUGCUGCCCCUCCUCCUGUCCUCGCGGCGACAGAGCAGAGACUGAGCCCGGUGUGACGCUAGAGGAACAAUGGCCAGUGGAAUCAACAAUGUGUCUAAGGUCCAUGUGACUCUGAAAAGUUUCAUUCAUUCUCAACAUAGGAACACAUUAAAGAGGAGGGUCAGACCCUCUGUCCUAAAGUCUCACCAUGUUGCCCCUGAAUUAAACACAAAGUCAAGACUUUA